AUGGUAGUAGUAGAAGCUGUGGUGGUAGUAGAAGCUGUUAUGGUAGUAGUAGAAGCUGUGGUGGUAGUCGUAGAAGCUGUGGUGGUAGUAGAAGCUGUUAUGGUAGUAGUAGAAGCUGUGGUGGUAGUCGUAGAAGCUUUGGUGGUAGUCGUAGAAGCUGUGGUGGUAGUAGAAGCUGUUAUGGUAGUAGUAGAAGUUGUAGUGGUUGUCGUAGAAGCUGUAGUGGUAGUCGUAGAAGCUUUGGUGGUAGUCGUAGAAGCUGUGGUGGUAGUAGAAGCUGUUAUGGUAGUAGUAGAAGUUGUAGUGGUUGUCGUAGAAGCUGUGGUGGUAGUCGUAGAAGCUUUGGUGGUAGCCGUAGAAGCUUUAGUGGUAGUCGUAGAAGCUGUGGUGGUAGUCGUAGAAACUGUGGUGGUAGUCGUAGAAGCUGUGGUGGUAGUAGAAGCUGUCAUGGUAAUCGUAGAAGCUGUGGUGGUAGUAGUAGAAGCUGUGGUGGUAGUCGUAGAAGCUGUGGUGGUAGUAGAAGCUGUGGUGGUAGUCGUAGAAGCUGUGGUGGUAGUAGAAGCUGUGGUGGUAGUAGUAGAAGCUGUGGUGGUAGUAGUAGAAGCUGUAGUGGUAUAA